AUGUCGGCUCGUGCUCUUCAUUACGUUUUCAAAAUCGGCAACCGAAAGGCUUCCUAUGACUUUUACACCAAAGUUCUGAAGAUGAAAAUUCUUCGUCAUGAAGAGUUCACUGAAGGCUGUCAAGCUGAAUGCAAUGGACCUUUCAAUGGCAAGUGGAGUAAGACCAUGGUCGGUUAUGGAAGUGAAGAUCAGCAUUUCGUUCUGGAACUCACUUACAACUAUGAAAUCUCUUCUUACACCCAGGGAAAUGAUUUUUGUGCUAUAAUAAUCGAGUCUGAAGAAGUUUUCAAUACCGUCAAGGCUCGUGGAAAUUAUGAUGUUCGACCCUGCGGAAAGUUGGCAAUUGUUGAUCCUGACGGUCAUGGUGUGUACAUUGCCAAUGGGGAAACCGGCAAACCUGCAAAGAUUAUUCGUUGUUGUGUCAAUGUCGAAAAUUUGGAAAACAGCUUAAAAUAUUGGUGUGGCGUCCAUAAUAUGAAACGUACUAAGUAUAACGAAAUCAAUAAGACUGCUCAUCUAUCUUUCGGAGAUGGACAGUGCAUCUGGGAGUUGCGUGAACUGAAAGAAGGAAAGAUUGACCGUGCUUCUGCUUAUGGCAGAAUUGCUUUUUCAAUUCCUGCUGCACAGCUAACUGCUUUGAACGAAAAAAUGAAAUCGUCGAAGUUGCCCAUCUUGAAGGACUUGGUUACUCUCGAAACUCCUGGCAAGGCUGCCGUGCAAGUUAUAAUCCUGGCUGAUCCCGACAACCACGAGGUUUGCUUUGUCGGAGACGAAGGAUUCCGUUCUUUGUCCAAAAUUGAUCCUAAGGCUGAUGAGAAGAUUCGCGAGUCCAUCACCAAAGACGACAGUGAUAGUUGGUUCACCAAUGGCAAGAAGCGCGUUUGA